AUGUCUUCUCCCCGGACCUCGCGCGUGCGGAGGGCAUUGCAAGAGCGCAGUUCAGCUCACACGAAUGAAAGAUCACCAACUCGGUCGUUGCGCAUGGUGGACCAGGAAGAUGUCGACAUGUAUACCGCGACGCCCUUCCCGACCAAGCCCGAGCAGAUUCUGCUACCCAUGCCGGGCAAAGGCCAGCAAGAGUACAUCUCAGACACCGGGUUUAGCUAUUCAGAUCAUCACCUAGGUCCCUCCACAUCGGCGUAUUCCUCGCCAUCCUUCAGCCAGAGCACCGCUCCCAACAGCCCGACCAGUCUCAACAGCCCGCGUGAUCAUUCCAUUGGAGAGAGUUGGGAUGUGUCGUCAACCGUUGAUACCGGCCACUCGCCGCCGCAGCUGUGGGAUGAGGAUCCAACCUCGAGCAAGUCGUCUUUGCCCGAGAUGGGUUCCGGUAAAGCACGCGACUGGAGAUGCGACAGCUCAGAGCCGGAAUAUUCGGACGAUGAGAUGAUAGUGCUGCCGACUGCCACGCCAACAAUCAAGGCAGUCCUUUCAGAGCCGCCCACUUCGCCCCAGUCCUCCCAAGGCUCCGUAGAAUCAAUGGGCUUCUCCAGCCCGAACCUAGAGCAGAUUGGUGCUCCGUCAAGUCCUAACUUUGUCAUGCUGGACAACUCGAGCAUGAACUUCCGUCCUGCGACGGCCUCCUCCGAGUCAGACCCCAGAAGAAACUCGCUGUCGUCGUACAACUCAGGCGGCACCGUGGUAAGACACGCCGGCGCCGCCCCCUGGAUCAACACCGCCUCGUCCGAGCAAUUGAGCUAUCGCUCGCCAUCAUUCCGGUCCAGCCCACCCUGGCAGUCCGUGGCGUCCUUCCGGUCAACAUCGCGCGCCCCAUCAGGCAGCCGAUCGCGUUCCGCGACAUCUUCCUCGCGCAGUCUCCGUUCAGCAUCUGACCUACAGGCAGCCAUCGACAGCGGCGUUCCAAUUCAAUACCCGCGUAUCCGCGCCCCGUCGUCAACAAGCUCUCGCGCCGCCAGUUCAGCCACCCCCGAGCGCGACUUCACGCCAGGUCCAGCCUCCGGCCGAUGGAACCCUCACCUGUCCACCGUCUCCUCAAUCUGGUCAGCAGAUGAAUUGAGCAACCUGGCCGCGCAAGCGGAAACCUCCUCAGACGCAGAGAUGGCCGCACCCUCGCCACCUCAACCAGCAGCGCUCAAGAACGAGAACACUCGAUCCUCGGUAUGGCUCGUCGAGUCCUCCAACGACAGCGACGAAGAGCGUCUGGACAGCCUGACAAACCUCCCCGUACGACCAAUCUUCGCUCAAAGCCUCUCCUCCGGCUCCAAGCGAAGCAACAGCAACCGCUCGCAACGCCCUGGCACAGGCUCCAGCACUAUCCUCAACAUCCUCCCAACCUGGGCAAAGGUCUACUACCUCCGCGAGCCAAUGGGCCUGAACUCAACGCUCUCAAUGAUCGACGCCAGUCGUCCAUCCUCUAUUCGCCCCGGAACAUCCAACUCAAGCACCUUCAACUUCAACCUCAUGCCCACACCCCUCAACAUCCCCAGGCCCCGAUCCCCAGACAGAGAAACAGAACCAGAAAGAGAAAGACCUGUGUCCCCAGUGCGCGCACCCAUCAGCACAGUAAACUUAAUCCCCCAACGCCGCAUCGAAAGCGACCCCCGCGAUCCACGCGCUCACUGGGUCCCCUCCCCAGAACCAGAACACGGCGAAUUCGUCAACAGCCGCUACAGACUACACCACAGUUGGUCUCCGCAUCUGUUCCCGGAUCGCCGAGUUCUGCAACACUCAAAUAGUAUCUGGAGACCGCCCUCCCUGGACUCGCGGAACGAGCCGUUCUUCGGACGCCGCAAUAUCCAGGUCUACUCUUUCUGUCUGGGUUUCAUUUUCCCUCUGGCCUGGUGUGUUGCUGCGUUUCUGCCUCUCCCGCCGAAACCGAAGAUGGCGCCUGAGAUGGUCGAGUAUGAGUCCGAGUCGGAUGUUGAGGCUGCCCUUGAGGUGCAGUGUAUGAAUUUGCAGCAGAGGCGCUAUGAGAAUGCUCGCUGGUGGAGGAAUCUUAAUCGCUGGAUGAUCUCGCUGGGAGUUGUUGUUAUUGUUGUGAUUGUGAGUUCUGCCUACUGGGUUUGGUUCUACUUUGUUGGAUUCUUGGCUAAUGACCCCUUCUUGCAGAUUGUUCUGGCUGUUAUUGGAACUACUACCGGCUUCUAA